UUCGCGUGCCGUGUCGCGGUUUAUCGCAUAAUUUAUUAAAAUGGUAUACUUUCCUAUUCGAAAGUGUUAUCAUGUAGCUAAAGUAUGUCUUUUGUUAAUACUAGUGGUGUCUUUGUUAGCUUUAUUUGAACAUUAUCGCGGCGGUAAGCGAACUACGGAGGCGCAAUUUUCAGAUCCAAUUGAAGCUGAAUAUGAAAGGGAGAUAUUGGAAGACGAGGCUCGUAUUAUACCAGGACUUGGAGAGGGAGGUGUAGCCGCACACCUGCUGGGGGAGGACAAGCGGCUCGGUGAAGAGUCUGAAAAGAAACUGGCCAUAAAUGUCCACUUGAGCGAGAGGAUUGCAUACAACAGAACUCUGAAAGACUACCGAAACCCGGCAUGUCAGCGCGUGGUGUACGACGCGGAGCUGCCCUCCGCCUCGGUGGUGAUCAUCUUCCACAACGAGCCGUACUCGGUGGUGGUGCGCACCAUCUGGAGCGUGGUGAACAGCGCGCGCAGGGACCAGCCCUGGUACAAGCAGGCCAACUUCGUCGACAGGGAAACUGGAAACACCAUGAAUUUGGGUUACCCCGGCCAAGACCCGAACUCACCGUUGGUGUACCUGAAGGAGAUCAUCCUAGUUGACGAUAACUCCACACUGCCCGAGCUGAAGGGCAAACUGAGUCAUUACGUACGGACGAGACUACCACCGGAUUUGAUCAGGAUAAUACGUUUACCAGAUCGCAUGGGCCUUACUCGUGCCCGGCUGGCCGGCGCGCGGUACGCCGUCGGCGACGUGCUGGUGUUCUUGGACGCGCACUGCGAGGGUCAGACCGACUGGCUCAGGCCCCUCCUCGACAGGAUCAAGCACGAGCCACACGCGGUCGUCGUGCCCAUUAUAGACGUCAUCGGCUCCUCUGACUUCUACUACAGCGUUCAGGAUCCCACAGUGUUCCAGGUGGGAGGGUUCACAUUCAUGGGACACUUCACGUGGAUCGAGGUGCCCGAACGGGAGAAGAAGCGGCGCGGCUCAGACAUAUCGCCCACAUGGUCCCCGACGAUGGCUGGUGGUCUGUUCGCGAUGAGCCGCACGUACUACUGGGAGCUGGGCGCCUACGACGAGCAGAUGGCCGGCUGGGGGGGCGAGAACCUCGAGAUCUCCUUCAGGAUAUGGCAGUGCGGUGGUACACUGGAGACAAUACCGUGUUCCCGCGUGGGCCACGUGUUCCGCAGCUUCCACCCAUACGGCCUGCCCGCUCACACAGACACGCACGGAAUUAACACUGCGCGUAUGGCCGACGUGUGGAUGGACGAGUACGCGGAGCUGUUCUACCUGCACCGGCCCGACCUCAGGAAGAAUCCGAAGAUCGGCGACGUGACCCACCGGAAGGUGCUGCGCGAGAAGCUGCACUGCAAGAGCUUCCAGUGGUACCUGGACAACGUGUACCCGGAGAAGUUCGUGCCGGUGCGGCACGUGUACGGGUACGGGCGGGUCGCCAACCCGGAGUCGAACCUGUGCCUGGACACGCUGCAGCGCGAGUCGGGCGCGGCGCUGGGCGUGUACGGCUGCCACUCCCGGCUCCACGCCACGCAGUACUUCGCGCUCUCGCUCCACGGACAGCUGCGCACCGAGGAGGACUGCGCAGAGCUGCAGUUCGUGCGGGACGAGGACGCGGCGGAGGUGGGGCGGCGCGUGCUGAUGGUGAACUGUCACGGCAAGCAGCGCGGGCAGAAGUGGAAGUACCUCCCGAGCGGACAGCUGCAGCACGAGGAGUCGCGGCUGUGCCUGAGUGCGGGCCGCGAGCCGGGCGACGACGUGCGGGCCGCGGCCUGCGGGCCCGGCGACGACCAGGCCUGGAGGAUAGACUACACCCUCCACAACCACUUCCACGCGGCAGGUGAUGCACAGCCCAGCGAACAAGAGCUGCGGCUGCAGAAGCUGCGCGGACAGCGUCGCAUCUCCCGCUCGCUGCUGUCGGCGCGUGAUGACGGCGACGGUGACGGUGACGGUGAUGACGGCGACGGUGACGUCCGCCGUCACCAUCACCGCGGCCGCCGGCCGUCCCGCGAGCGGCGCCGCAGGAACAAGUUCGUCCUGCAGCUGGUGCGCACGCUCAUGAACGGCUCCGAGCAACACCUGGAGGCGGAGCUGGGCUGCAGGCACCGCCGCCUGUACCCCAACGACACCUUCGUCAGGGACCUGGUCACCAUCCUCAACGAGCGGAACGUCAAGGUGAUAAACAACGGGCGCGUGUUCGAGCGGAACAAGGUGACGGAGUUGUCUCGUGCCGACGGUCACCAUCACCACCCGGCCCGACCACCACACACACACGCCGAGUGGCCGCCGAACAAACACCAGCGCGGAAGGUCCGAGCAGACCACCACCGCCGCCAACCUGCAGCCGCCGCUACCACCCGCCACCGGGGACACCAGCCGGAUCAUCAUCGAGGACUUCGUCGAGCGGCCAGGAAAGAAACACAAACGCAAGCGCCAGCGCUCACCCCCUUCACCCCCACCAGGCCCGACCUCCCCGCGGCCGACACCCGCGGACGACACGCGCGACGUGCUGAUGGCACUCCUCAACAAACAGCAGGAGGAUACCAGGGGCAACAACGGGUAUCCGUCGGAAGUGGAAGAUGUGCCGAUGGUGAGCGAACCGCGGGAGCGAGACGGAGAUAGAGACAGGGCUGCGAGUGAGCGGGACGGAGACAGCGAGCGGGACGACGCCGAUGAACACUGGCCCAUUGGAGAAUCUCGAUUCCGUCGCAACAACAGUCUAAUUCAGCCGCUGCGGAGAGACUCACACCCUCACCCUCACCCUCACCAGCAUCAGCACCAGCACCAGCAUGCUCGCGAGCACACGCGGCCACAUAUAGAUGAUAGCAGAGAGAACGAUGUGCGGCAGAAUUACUUACAGUCUGAGGACACAAAUACAAAGACACGCACGUUGCCGGUUGGCGAACAUGUUGACCAACUUGUUGGCGAACAAACUGUUCCGCCGCCGGUGAGGGUGGUGAUGCGGAGUAACCUCACGUUCCACUUGGAUGACGAGUUCUUCACGUCGCGGAGACGACCCGCUGACGAUGUCAAUGACAUUAUCGGUGAGCUGGCCAUACCCACCAAUAUAUCUCACACGUGGGUAAAACCUCGAGCCUCCACAGCCGACCUGACUGACACUCGACAGUUUAUGAAUGACGUCAAAACUGAUGACAGUCGAGAGGUGAUCAGCACCGGACGCGGCGUGAUGCAGAACAGUGUCGAUGACGGAUCCAGUGCAUCCGAUGAUUAUAGUGAUCAGUGAUACGUGGUAACUAAUGGAUUUGUAUUGUCAAAUAUGUCGUGUCGUGUCGUGACGUUGUUACUAGUUUUCACAUUUAUACAUUAUGUUAGAGAUGUGUUAACUCGUAAUAAGUCGAAGUCAGGUCAGUUAGCCUAUCAGGAUAUCACCCCCAGGAGUUUCCAGGGCGAUUGUUAGCGAGGGGCUCUUUCAUCCCCAUUACUAACAAUCCCCUCCCCCUCUUCUAAAGCAGCAAGCUUGCUUUUUAAGCUGUUGUAGUGUGACAUAUAUAAAUUUGGUUACAUUAAAAAUUUUAUUGGGAACUAGCUUUUGCCCGCGGCUUCGCUCGCGUUAAUUUAUCCCCUUAGUGAUCUAAGCGAACAGAUUGCGGAAGCAACUUCAUUUAUAUGAAAUAUUACGAGCUAAGGAAAAACCAAGAACGUAAACAUUCGACCUAAAACAGUAUAUAUUUUAACAUGCCUUGACUAGUACCUAUGGUGUUAUUUUAUAUUGGACUGGAGAGAUCCUAUUUUACUAUUAUUAUUAUUAUUUUCUCUUUGUACA